CCUCAACGUACAAAUCAAGUUGCUGUACAGAAUAAUAUAGAAUUGACGGAAAGUAUAUUUUUUAGAUUUUAAAGGAACUCUUUACCCUAAUAAAACAUAAUUUAGAAAGUUACACAUUCAAAUAAAAAAUUAUAUAGUAACAUUACCCUUUUAUCGAGAAAGAUAAAACAGGAAAUCUAAUUAGCUAUUUUGUUUCUAUGACAAAUCCAGAAAAGAUAAAAGUGGCAUUGAUGUAAAUUAUCCGUCAUUAAAUUCCAUAAUGUUAUGAAGAAAGUUCAAAAAAACCUUUUAAUUCAAUUAUCUCGUAUGACCCGAUGCAUCUGAUAAAAUAAUUUAUAAGUAAUCAUUCUUUAUUACGUGCGUGUGCUUAUCGUGGAAUUUAAACAAGUAUAUAAAGCAGAUGAAGUCGAACUUUCGUUACAGUUUGUGCCGAAAUUUCGCUUCUCAGCCGCCGUUGAAGAUAUAAAAAAAAUGGCGUUUACAAAAUUAUUCGUAUUGACGCUUAUAACCGUCAUUAAUCUGCAGGAAAUUUCGGGGCAUGGUAUGAUGUGGGACCCCAUAAACAGAAGCAGCGCAUGGAGGAAGGGCUUCCCUACAGAACCUAACUUUACUGACAACGAGCAUUUCUGCGGAGGAUUCGGCGUCCAGCACCAGAAAAAUGGCGGCAAGUGCGGAGAAUGUGGCGACAAUUAUUCUUUACCUCGACCACGGCCAAAUGAAAAUGGCGGCAUCUACGGAUCAGGUGUCAUUGUUCAAAAAUACAAAGCAGGUUCCGUCAUCAACGUGAUUGUUCGCCUCACCGCCAGCCAUCAGGGUCACUUUGAAUUCAAUCUUUGUCCGCUGAAGACAGAAAAGGAAUUAGAAACCGAUGAAUGCUUCAAUAUGUAUCCCUUACCAAUGGCUGAUGGUAGUGGCUAUAAAUACCCCGUUACUAUCUCUGGCAAAAAUGAUCAUACUAUCAGCCUGGUUCUACCACAGGGUGUCACGUGUAAACAAUGCGUGAUCAGGUGGCAUUACCGCACCGGAAAUACCUGGGGCAUUUGUGAGGACGGAAGACGAGGCAAUGGUUGCGGCCCCCAGGAAACGUUCAGAAGCUGUGCUGAUGUCAGCAUCACGAAUUAGCUUAUCACGGAUCUCAGAUUGGAUCUACUAAUUUGAUGUUAUCUCGAAAGUAUUGGCUCAUACUCAUAACAAUUUUUGAUAUAGAAACUGAAUUUCUUAAUCUGAAAUCUAAUCAGGAUUUGAUUGAAUAAAUAAGGAAAAUAGCAGAAAGUAACGUAUUUGAAUACGAAGAUAGUGGAGAUUUCCUUCGCCUUUAAAAAUCAAUUUCAGAAAGAUAAAUUUUCAAAUUCUUUAUAUCUACUAGGGCUGUUACUUUUGAUAACUUCGAAUGUCGAAGCCUUCGAAGGAAAUCACCAACCCCAAUAUCUAUAUGAAAUGUCUAUCACCACAUACUUCCGCAUUGCGGAGAGGACGUAACAUAAUUCCCAACGGCUUGAUCUGAAAUACAUAACUGAAAUAUUUUCUUAAAUAUAUAUUAUUAUAAGUUAGGUGAAAACAGAUUUUAACACAUUUUAACUUAAAAAAAAUUAUAAUUUGUCAAAAAAGACUGGUUCAAGUAAUGUUACACGUCCGCUUGGAAUAAGAUCACGUUUCAAAAUCGAAUGGUAAUCGGAAUAGCUCAAAAUUAUAAAAGCAAAAUGUAUAAAAUUCACAAAAACGUAAAUAUUUAGUAUAAAUUCUUAAGUUAUACUUCAGGAAUUGUGCAAUAAAAUAUCAUUCAAUAUAUGU